AUGUUAUUUUCAUCAAAAAGGGACAAAAAUUCUAAUAAUCCCAGCAGUGCUGUUCCUUCAACGAGUAAUUACAAGCCAGGUAACUAUUUCUUUAUAGUACCAUUCUUUGCAUUAAUUCCAUGGUGGGCGAUGUUAAUGGCAUUGCUAAUUUGUUGGGGUGCACAAGGAAGACCAAUAUAUUCAUUCAUGAGCAAUGACGAAACCUUAGCAUAUAUAUCAGAUAUAGGUGCAACAAAUCUAAGACCAUUAUUUAUCGCUUGUUCUGGUUGGCAGGGGCUAUUUUAUUUUAUCACUUUGUCUUGUGAAUAUUUUCAAAGAUGUGGUAGGUGGCCCUUUACACCAAAGCAAUUUAAAUAUAACGCGCCUGGAGCAGCAAAUACCAACUUCCCAUUUUAUAUGCCAUUUUGGUUUAGCAAGCAUGAAAGGAAUUGUAUGUUUGUUGCUUGUGUACUAAGUGGGUUAGGUGAAAUUGCUUUGUUGAUGUGUAGUAUUUUCUCAACCAAAAAUUACCAUCAUGUACAUAUUGCCAUGGUCUGCGUUUUCAUUGUUCUUGUUGCCAUUGGAUUAAUAUGUAAUAUUAUAGAAUAUUUCUUAAUGGGCAAGCAUUAUAUGAUAAUACACCCAUUACAUAAAAGGUACAAUAAAUACACUGUGAGUGGUAUAACUAAAACGGUGUGGCUGAUUUGUGCCAUUGUUUGGGCUAUUUGUUUUGGUGCUGUUCAAGAGAGUAGUAUAUGUGCUGCCUUUGAAUGGCUAUUAGCCUUUUGGUUUGGUCUAUUGUUUAUAAAUUAUAGUGUUGAUUUUUACUUGGGCGGAAGAUAUAAAUAUAGUAAAAACUUUCCAUAUGUCGAAAGUUUUCAGGGUUAUUAUAAAUAUGAUAGAUUUUAUUCUAAAUAUGGUAUUUAUCCUGAACAUAAUAACAGAAUCAUUAUUGGUGACAAUGAUAAAGAGAAUGAGGAUUCGUCGGAUCAAUAUAAUAAUAGCAAUAAUAAUGUUAAUGUCAGUAAUGGUGGCGACGGUAUAGUUGUAAUAGAUGACGAUGAGGAAGAAUAUGUUACAAAUGCUAAUGCUGUUAAUAAUAAUAAUAAUAAUAAUAAUAAUAACAAUAAUAGUGGUGGCAAUAAUAACAAUAUAAAUUAUAAUGCAUAUUGA